GCGGGGUCAUAUGGCCGGCAGCCAGUGAGCAUUUCAGGCCGCGCUACGAGCCUGGUGGUCUGGAGUGUUGGACAUGUCCUCCCUGCUUCAAGCGGCUUGUCGGUCGAUCGUUCGGCGGGCAACGGCGCGGGUGCCGGGGCGGUGGCUGAGCGAAGGGUCGGCAGGAGGAGCGGGUGACGGCGGAUCGGAGGCUGAGGGCGCACUCCGGCGGCGGCUGGACUCGCUAGUGAAGAAGGACAAGGUGGUGGUCUUCAUCAAGGGCACCCCCGCCCAGCCCAUGUGCGGCUUCAGCAACGCCGUGGUGCAGAUCCUGAGAAUGCACGGCGUCGAGGGCUACGGCGCCUACAACGUGCUGGAGGAUCAGGAGAUUCGGCAAGGUAUUAAAAACUAUUCCAAUUGGCCGACCAUCCCGCAGAUCUACUUUGACGGCGAGUUUGUGGGCGGAUGCGACAUCUUGCUACAGAUGCACCAGAAUGGAGAUCUCGUCGAGGAACUAAAGAAACUUGGCAUUCGCUCUGCGCUGUUAGACACUGAGAAAGAGGACGCAAAAUAGAGCAGCCACCUUCCAUUGUCAGCUGGCCCCUGUCUUGCUCUUGUCACGUGGUUGGUGGUGUGUUGUUAUUUAGUUAUUACUGUGUCAUUGGACCUUGGCAGGGGUGGAGUGUUGUAAGAACUCCAUGGAGAGCCUCAUGGUGAUAUACUGAUGGCAUAGGGGAGUUCAACGUGUCGGACCGUGUAAAACGACGGAAAAGGAUAACCAACAGAAGCAUAAUUGUGGUUUUUAAUUGCCCUCUUUUUUUUUAGAGGAAUCAAUAAAAUGUUAUGUUCAUUUGCUUUUAAAAUUUGAUUUUGUGGGUAUUUAAAGGCAGCUGAUAGUAUGAUCAUUCAAGGGCUUAUCAGAGAUUCAAAGGAAACAGACUUUUUAUCCCAACUUGUACGUGCCAAUCAUGUUGGUCCUGUUAGCCUGUGUUUGGCCCAUAUCCCUGUAAACCUUUCCUAUCCAUAUUCAUGUCCAAAUGUCUUUUAAAUGUGACCGUACCCAGCUCUACCACUUCCUCUGGUAGUUUGUAGUAUGUACCCACCACCCUCUGUGUGGAAAUCUUGCCCCUUAGAAUCCCUUUAAAUCUUUGCCCUCUCGCUUGUAACCUAUGCCUUCUAUUUUUUAGAAUCCCAUACCUAGAUGGAAUAAAUGGUAACCGUUCACUUUGUCUAUGGAUUUACGAACCUCUGUAAAGUCGCCCCCAGCCUCUCCUUGUAACUCAAGCCCUCCAGUCGAGGUAAUAUCCUUGAAUCUCUUCUGCACCCUUUCAGUUCAGUAACAUCCUUCCUAUAUAUCUGUGACUUUCCUGAUGACGUCCUUUUUGCACCCUCCAUUGCUUAAUUCCGGCGGUCCAAUCAGCAGCAGGAGCAGAUCACAGUGACAAGGUUUCUCGCUGGUCGGCGACACUUGUUUGAAGGACAGAAGGGACCAGCGGGGCAGCCAUUGUCGGGAGUAGGCCAGUGGUGAGAGUAGGACUGUCAGGCUUUGGCUCAAAGGAGGUUUCGGCUCAAAAGGGGCUUUGGCUCUGGUUAAGCUGUUAAGAUUCCCUUUUUUCCUCUUACUGUACCUAGUGUAGUAAAUGACUGUUGUGUGUUCUUCAUGCUGGAUGUUAGAGUCCUAGAGUCUCCCAGGGAAUUGCAUCUGUGUGAAGUGCAUCGGGCUGCAGCUCCUUGAAGAUUGUGUUGGGAACUGGAAGAGCAGCUAGAUGACCUUCAGCUUGUACGAGAGAGUGAGAAGACAAUCGAUCAGAGUUGAAGGGAAGUAGUUGUUCCUAAGUUCCAGGAGGCGAGUGGCUGGGUUGACGGUCAAGGGAAUUGGAAAUGUCAAUAGGCAGUUAGCGCAGAGCACCCCUGUGGCCAUUUCUCUCAAUAAUAAGCAUAUCACUUUGAAUACUGCUGUGGGGAUGACCUUCUAGGGGAAUGCCAUGGAGACCGGGUUACUGGCACUGAGCAUGGGUCCAUGGUGCAGAAGGGAAAGAGGGAGAAGAGGGGAGCGGUAGUGAUAGGGGACUCAAUAGUCAGGGGAACAGACAGGAGAUUCUGUGGACGUGAACAGGACACCCAGAUGGUAUGUUGCCUCCCUGUUGCCAGGGAUGUCUCAGAUCGCAUCCACAGCAUUUUGGGGAGGCAGGGACAGCAGCCAGAUGUCUUGGUACACGUUGGUACCAAUGACAUGGGAAGGAAAAGCAAAGAGGUCCUGAAAAGAGAAUUUAAAGACCGAGGUAGGAAGCUGAGAAACAGGAGCUCUGAAGUAGUAAUUUCUGGAUUGCUGCCUGUGCCAAGCACCAGUGAGUAUAGAAACAGGAUGAUUCGGGUUAUUAAUGCGUGGCUGGGAAGCUGGUGCAGGGGACAGGGCUUCAGAUUCUUGGAUCAUUGGGAUCUCUUCUGGGGGACGUACGACCUGUUCAAAAGUGACUGGUUGCACCUGAACCCGAGGGGAGCAAUAUUCUCGUGGGCAGGUUUGUUAGAGCUGUUAGGGAGAGUUUAAACUAAUCUGGCUGGAGGUGGGAACCUGAGCGAGGGGACUGGUGAUAGGAAGGAUGGUUAAAAAGUAAAGAUAGCGUGCAGUCAGACUGUUGGAAAGGGCAGGGAGAUGAUACGACAAAAUUGUAGCCAGCAGGCUGAAUAUCAGUGCAUUAGGGAUUCAGAAUCAAAAAGGGUAGCAAAUACAAUACUCUGUGUUAUAUCUCAAUACACAGAGUAUUAAGAAAUAAGGUGGAUGAUCUUGUUGCACUGUUACAGAUUGUCAAGUAUGAUGAUGUGGCCAUCACUGAUUCGUGACUAAAGGAUGGUUGUAGUUGCGAGCCGAAUGUCUAAGGUUAGUUAUUGUACUGGAGGGAUAGGAAGGUCGGCAGAGGGGGUGGUGUGGCUCUGCUGGUAAAGAAUAGCAUCAAAUCAGUAGAAAGAUGAGACGUAGGAUCAGAAGAUGUUGAAACCUUGUAGGUUGAGUUAAGAAACCUCAAGGGUAAAAGGACCCUGAUGGCAGUUGUAUACAGGCCUCCCAACUGUAGCUGGGAUGAGCGCCACAGAUUGCAACAGGAGAUAGAAAAGGCCUGUCAAAAGGACAAUGUUAUGAUAGUUGUGGGAGAUCUCAACAUGCCAGGUCAUUUGGGAAAAUCAGGUUGGUGAUGGGUCUCAAGCGAGUGAGUUUGUUGAAUGCCUACAAGAUGGCUUUUUAGAGCAGUUUGUCAUUGAGCCUACUAGACUGGAUGUUGUAUAAUGAAUCAGAGAACUUAAGGUAAAAGAACCCUGAGGAGGCAGUGAUCACGAUAUGAUUGAGUUCAACUUGAAAGUAAAGUCUGACUUAACAGUAUUUCAGUGGAGUAAAGGAAAUUACAGUGGUAUGAGAGAGGAGAUGGUCAAAGUAAAUUAGAAGGAACUGCUGACAGGGAUGACAGCAGAGCAGCAAUGGUGUGAGUUUUUUAAAAAAAUGAGGAAGGUGCAGGAUAGAUGUAUUCCAAAAACACAGAAAUACUCAAAUAGCAAAAUAGUACAACCAUGGCUGAUGAGAGAAAUCAAAGCUAAUGUAAAAACUAAAGAGUGGACAUACAACAAUGCAAAAAUUAAUGGCAAGACAGAGGAUCGGGAAGCUUUUAAAAACCUACAGAGAGCAACUGAAAGAAUCAUUAGGAGGGAAAGAUGAAAUAUGAGAGUAAGCUAGCAACUAAUAUCGAAGUGGAUAGUAAAGGUGUUCUUGAGUAAAUAAAUAAAUGAGAGGUGAGAGUGGAUAUAGGACCUCUAGAAAAUGAGGUCAGAGAAAUAAUAUUGGGGGCCAAGGAGAUGGCAGAUAAAUGAAAUAAGUAUUUUGCGUCAGUCUUCAAUGUGGAAGUCUAACAGUGUGCCAGAUAUUGAAGGGUGUGAGGAAAGAGAAGUGAGUGCAGUUACUAUUACAAGGGAGAAGGUGCUGAAAAAGCUAAAAGGCCUAAAGGUACACAAGUCACCCGGACCAGACGAACUGCACCCUAGGGUUCUGAAAGGGGUGGCAGUGGAGAUUGUGGAGGCAUUAGAAACGAUCUUUCCAAAAUCAUUGGACUCUGGCAUAGUGCCAGAGGACUGGAAAAUUGCAAAUGUCACUCCACUCUUUAAGAAAGGAGGGAGGCAGCAGAAAGGAAAUUGUAGACAAGUUAGCCUGACUUCAGUGGUUGAGAAGAUAUUGGAGUCAAUUGUGAAGAAUGUGGUUAUGAAGUACUUGGUGACACAGGACAAGAUGGGACAAAAUCAGCAUGGUUUCCUUAAGGGAAUUUCAGGCCUGAUGAACCUGUUGGAAUUCUUGGAGGAGAUUACAAGUAGGCGAGGUAAAGGGGAUGCAGUGGAUGUUGUAUAUUUGGACUUUCAGAAGGCCUUUGACAAGGUGCCACACAUGAGACUACUUACUAAGUAUUACAGGAAACUAAGUUGCGGAUUGGCUGACUGGUAGGGAGGCAGCGAGUGGGAAUAAAAGUAUCAUUUUCUGGUUGGCUGCCUGUGACUAGUGUUUUUCCACAAGGGUCGGUGUUGGGACCACUUCUUUUUAUGCUGUAUAUCAAUAAUUUAGACGAUAGAAUAGAUGGCUUUGUUGCCAGAUUUGGAGAUGAUAUGAAAAUGGGUGGAGGGGCAGGUAGUGUUGAGGAAACGGGUAGGCUGCAGAAGGACUUGGACAGAUUAGGAGAAUGGGCAAGAAAGUGGCAAAUGAAAUAAAAUGUUGGAAAAUGCAUGGUUAUGCACUUUGGAAGAAGAGAUAAAUGUGCAGACUAUUUUCUAAAUGGGGAGAAAAUCCAAAAAUCUGAGAUGCAAAGGGACCUGGGAGUCCUUAUGCAGAACACCCUAAAGGUUAACUUGCAGGUAGAGUCAUGGUGAGAAUGGCAAAUGCAAUGUUAGCAUUCAUUUCAGGAGGUCUACAAGAGCAGGGAUGUGAUGCUGAGGCUUUAUAAGGCACUGGUGAGGCUUCACCUUGAGUAUUGUGAACAGUUUUGGGCUCCUCAUCUAAGAAAAGAUGUGCUGUGGAGUGCUGUCAGAGGUGGUUCACUAGGAUGAUUCCGGAAUAAAAGGGUUAUCAUACGAGGAAUAUUUGAUAGCUGUGGGUCUGUACUCAUGGGAAUUUAGAAGGAUGAAGAGGGGAUCUUAUUGAAACUUCUCAAAUCUUGAAAGGCCUACUCAGCAGAUGUGGAAAGGAUGUUUCCCAUGGUGGGGGAGUCUAGGACAAGAGGACGCCCCUCUAUCCUGGGGCUGUGCCCAUUUAAAAGCAAGAUAAAAAAUUUCUUCAGCCAAAGGAUCGGGAUUUAUGGAAUUUAUUACCACGGGCAGCUGUGGAGGCCAGGUCGUUGGGUGUAUUUAAGGCAGAGCUUGAUAGGUUCUUGAUUAGACACGGCAUCAAAGGUUAUGGGGAGAAGGCUGAGGAGUGGGACUAAGGAGGCAAAAAAAAAAGUAUCAGCCAUAAUUGAAUGGUGGAGAAGACUCAAUGGGCCAAAUGGCCUAAUUCUACUCCUAUGUCUUAUGGUCUUAAUCAAAUUCUCUCUAUACUAACAGAACUGCACGCAAUGCUGCUGUUGGACAGAUUCAUAUUUAUUCAUCACACGUAUAACGAAACAUACAGUGAAAUGCAUUAUUUGCAUUAACAACCAACACAACCUAAGGAUCUGCUGCAAAAGUCGCCACACACUCUGGAGCUGACCCAAAAUAUUCAGCAGAAUAACAUGAGCAGUAACAGCAAAAUGAACCUCUUUCUCACCUACAGAGAUAGACAGGCCUCAGCCUUAGGAAAGGCCACCUUCAACCCCCAGUCCUCAGCCACAGGCUCACAGACAGUGGGCCUCUGACUUCAAGAAAUGCUGACCUAGGGACUUCGACCACUGGGCCUCAAGCUCCGGGCUUGCUGCCUCCGAUCUUCAACCUCUUGUAUUGACCCAGGACUUUGAACAUUGGGUCUCAACCUCUGAGUAAGAGUGUCAGAGAUUAUGGGAAGAAGGCAGAAGAAUGGCGUUGAGAGGGGAGAAUAAAUCGGCCAUGUUUGGAUGGAGGAGUAGACUUGAUGGGUUGAAUGGCCUGAUUCUGCUUCUUUGUCUUACAGAGUUCCAACUCUUUCUCAGUGUCACUACUGAUGAAGGUCAGCAUGCCAUAAACUGUCUUUUUCACUAUGUCUACCCCUGUUGCCACCUUCAGAGAACUCUAUUUGUAUCUCUAGAUCUAUCUGUUCUACAGCACUUCCCAUUGUACUGUCAUUCACUGGGCAUGUCCUGCCCUGGUUGGUUUAACUUCCCAAAACAUAACACGUUGCUCCUGGCCCAGUUAAAUCCCACCUGUUCUUCUUUUGAGGCCUAGAGAAUCAUACAGCACAGAAACAUGUUCUUCAGUUUAUCUAGGGGCCAUAGAUAGACUACCUGGCCAAUUAUACUGCCUAGAUCAGGGGUAGGCCACCUUAAGCACAAACGAUUUUCUAGCAUGCGUUGUUCAUUAAUUUGAGGCAAAACAUAACUAGAUGUAUUUAAAUGGAUAAUUCCCAUAUUUCAAGUUAUUUAUGGC